CCGCAGGGGAGAAGGCAAGAAAGACGCACACACCUCCUCCCCAUUUCGCUAGGGUUCCUGCGAUGGCGACCCCACGAUCCCCGGGUCCUCGCGGCGACGAGCUCCUUGACUCAGCGCCGCUGCUCGGCGGCGGUGGGUGGCGUCGUGGCGCGCUGCGCCGGCCGUCGCUCCGUGGGACGGCGCGGCUGCUGCGGCAGGGCGGUCGGCGGGCGAUGCGGGAGCCGUCCCUGCUCGUGCGGGAGACUGCGGCGGAGCAGCUAGAGGAGCGCCAGGCCGACUGGGCGUACUCCCGCCCUGUCGUGGCACUCGACCUCCUCUGGAACCUCGCCUUCAUCCUCACCACCGCCGUCGUGCUCGUGCUCAGCGGCGACGAAAGCCCGUCUGUGCCGCUCCGUAUUUGGGUAGCCGGGUAUGCCGUUCAGUGCGUCCUGCACAUGGUUUGUGUUGCCAUGGAGUAUCGUGUGCGUCACGGCCAGCGUGGCGGGUCCUCUACGGCCGCCGACGAGGAGAGGGGGACUGAUGGAUCAUCCUCGUCCAUAGACGACGCCGGAGAGAGCGGUCCCCAUGGACGCACUGGCGACUUCGUCAGUGUAGCAAAACAUCUGGAAUCUGCUAAUACAAUGUUCUCCUUUAUAUGGUGGAUAAUUGGAUUUUACUGGGUAUCUGCUGGUGGACAAGUUCUUACCAAUGAUGCACCUCAGCUCUACUGGCUUUGCAUCGUCUUUCUGGCAUUUGAUGUUUUCUUUGUCGUCUUUUGUGUUGCCCUGGCUUGCAUCAUUGGUAUUGCUGUUUGUUGCUGCCUCCCUUGUAUCAUAGCAAUUUUAUAUGCAGUAUCAGAUCAGGAGGGAGCUUCUGAAGAUGACAUUCGCCAAAUUCCGAAAUACAAAUUUCGGAGGAUGGAGGAGCCUGAAAAGCAAUCUGUCACCACGACUGAAUCUUCUGGUGGAAUAAUGAUAGAGUGUGGUACUAACCAACCUAUUGAGAAAGUACUUGCAGCUGAAGAUGCAGAGUGUUGCAUCUGCCUUUCAGUGUAUGAUGAUGGCGCCGAGCUGCGUGAACUCCCUUGUGGCCACCAUUUCCACUGCGCUUGCAUUGACAAGUGGCUUCACAUCAAUGCAACUUGCCCUUUGUGUAAGUUGAAUGUGCGGAAAAACAGCAGCAGCAGUGGUAGUGAAGAAGUAUAAAUCUCCAAGUGUGAAUCCAAAUAUUCGACGGGCGACUCAUGUCACGACAACGGUACUUAUCCAUGAUAAACUCCUGAUUGUGAAUUUGAGCGCCCUAGCUAAUAUAACAAAGGAAGUGUGAUUCAUGUUAAUUUGUGUAUUUAUAUAUGGUCAUGGUAGUCAUUGUGUAUUGAAGUUACACAUUGUGGUGUAUAUCAGCUAAAACUGUUUGUUACACAAUACCAUAGCGAUGUAAUCUUGUAAAUGCCCAUUCGUGAAACCAUGUCAAGAAGUCAUGUUUGCCUA